ACCCAAAUGAGCGUCGCUUUCAGCAGCAGCCGCAGCGUCCGCCGCUGCUGCUGCCGCACGCCUACAGCCUGCCGACGCUGGCGGCGGCGGUGACGGUCGCGCCCAGCUACCCGCCGCUCUCCGCCGCGCAGCCAUCGCCGCCACUGCCCCCGCAUCGGCCGCCGCCGCCGCCACCGCCACCGCCCGCCAGCCUCGAGGAAGUCUACCUACGGAUGGCGGCAGCGCGGCGGCAGCAGUUCGUCGUGUCGCAGCAGCAGCAACAGUGUCAGCCGCAGCAGCAGCAGCAGCAGCAGGCUAUGGCGCAACUUUCCCUUCAUCAGCAUCAGAAACAGCAGCAGCAUCAGCAGAUCAUGAACUACAUUUCUCACCAGCAGUUGCAGCCCUCCGCGCACUACCAGGAGCGCGGCCGGCAGCUGCACGCCGAGGGACGGCUGCAGGUGUCGCAGUACCAGCCCGAGCGCCACCCGCUGGCGCACUACCAGCAGCAGCUGGCGCAGCAGCAGGCCGAGCGCCAGAAGCUGCUGGCGCAGCAGUACGAGCGGGAGCAGGGUCUCCUGCAGUACCAGCUGGAGCGGCAGCAGCAGCUGGCGGCGCAGUUCCACCACGACUACCAGCAGCGGGUGAGUGCGUCGGCCGCGGAACCGGCGCCCGACCGAGCGGCCCUCUACCCACGCUACGGCGCCGGGGAGCCGGAGCGACCGGAGCCGCUGGUCUGCGGCUGGUGCCCGGUGGCCGGAAUCUGCCCGCCGGGCGCCUUCGUGGCCGUGGCCUCGGCUCCGCCGCCGCCGCAGCCGCCGCCGCCGCUGGUGGUGCAGCCCCUCUCGCCGCCGCUCUGCUGUCCACCGUCUCCGGGCGGCGCGCCCUGGCCGGACCCCGACAGCGGUGUGCGCAUCACCGAACUGCCGGUGGACGGCGCCGCCACCCCGCCGGAGCCAGCCGAGCCCGACCCGCCGCCACCACCGCUGCAUCAGCAGCCUACCGGCAACCCCUGGCUGCCGCCCGUCCGGCCGGUCCGCUUCAGCGUCGGCUCAGACGACGAGUCGACGCGCUCGUCGACGCCCGAGGACGACUCGCCGGCGGCUGAGGAGGAGGAUGGCGACGCGCCGCCGGCGCCGGAGACGGUCGCCGUCGUGGAGCAGACGGCAGAGUUCCUGCUCGGACUGCGCGUCGAUGACGAUGAGACCGGCGAGGAGCCGGACGCGUCGACGGCGUCGAUGAUCUCCACCGACACGGCCGACAUGGCGACGGACGCCUCGUCAGCGGAUGCCAAUAACAACAUUCAGCGGCGUAAAAAACUGCGCACUGGACCGGCCCAGCCCAAGAACGCCGUCUCAGCGCUCAACGAGCUGAAGCCGGGCCUCGAGUACAAAGUCAUCCAACAGGAGGGUCCCACGCACGCGCCCACAUUCACUGUGCAGAUUGAGGUGAAUGGUGAGGAGUUUGUCGGCACGGGUCGCUCCAAGAAGCAGGCCAAGCAGACGGUGGCCGAGGCGGCGCUCCGCUCUUUCAUCCAGUUCAAGAACGUGCCGGACUUCCAGCUGGCCAUCAACCCUCCGGCGCCGGCCGCCGACUUCACGGCUGACGUGGGCGUCACCGGCUGCGGCGACUUCGUGCUCAACAAGGCGGUCGGCAACGGCGACAGCAACGGCAGCGCCGAGGGUACGAACGGCUCGACCCCGCGGCCGCGGCUGACGCUCACACCGGCCGACAAGAACCCUGUGCAGCUGCUGAACGAGCUGCGGCCCGGCCUCAAGUACGACCUCGAGGAGGAAUCCGGCGAGCCGCACGCCAAGAAAUUCAGCAUGAGCGUCCUCGUCGACGGAGAGAAAUUCGACGGCGUCGGACCCAGUAAGCGGCUGGGGAAGGCGGCGGCGGCCAAGGCUGCGCUCAGCAAGCUGUACAACUACUCGUUCGUCAACUACACGUCGUGCGGCGGCUCGGACUCGCCGUACGGCUCCACGGCCGACCUGUGCGAGCACAUGAGCUUCCCACAGACGGUCGCCGAUCACAUAUCCAAGGUUGUGAACCAGCAGUUCCAGACGCUGAUGGAGAACCAACAGUCUCACAGUCGGCGUAAGGUGCUGGCCGGCCUGGUGAUGACCACCGGGCCGCAGAUGUCCGAGGUCAAGGUCAUCUCGGUCACCACCGGCACAAAGUGCAUCAACGGCGAGCACAUGAGCGUGGGCGGUAACAGCCUGAACGACUGCCACGCCGAGGUGAUCGCGCGCCGCUGCCUGCUCGACUUCCUCUACGGCCAGCUGGAACUGCUGCUGCAGCCAGAGACCGAGGGACAGAGCAUCUUCGAGCCGCGACCGGAGGGCCGCGGUUACCGGCUCAAGGAGAACGUCCAGUUCCACCUGUAUAUCAACACAGCGCCCUGCGGAGACGCCAGGAUAUUCUCGCCCCACGAGGCGCAGACUCGGAGCGACUCCCAGGACAAGCACCCGAACCGAAAGGCCCGUGGUCAGCUGCGGACCAAGAUUGAAUCCGGGGGCACCAUUCCGGUCAAAUCCAGCGACGGCAUCCAGACGUGGGACGGUGUUCUGCAG